AUGGCUCCCCAUCUGCAGCAGUUCAAGAAGCGCAAGCGUCCGAACACCAUCUUGGAUCCCGCCGAUCGCCAGGCCAAUGCAAGCAGCAACGGCUCCGACACCAGCAAGCCGACCGCCGUUUAUACCCCCUCCAGGGGCCGCUCCCAUACCCUGAGCAUCGCGCUUCCGGGAAGCAUCGUUGCGAAUGCGCAAUCGCACGACCGCAAGACCUCCUUGGCCGGUGCCAUCGCACGCGCCGCUGCCGUUUUCUGCGUCGACGAAAUCGUCGUCUUCGAUGACAAGCAGAGCCACGUGCUCAACAAAGCCAGGAGCAGCCCUGUGUACGGAAGCUUCAGCGACGCGUGCUGCAAAAGCUCGUACAGUGCCGUGCGAAGUGCCGACUAUGCAGCUUAUACCGGCUACUCGGAUCCCGGUUACUUCUUGUACCACCUGCUCUCCUACCUCGAAACGCCGCCGAACCUGCGCAAGGCCCUCUUUCCCUUGCAUCCGAACCUGCGCACGGCCGGCACACUCCCGAGUCUCGACAUGCCACACCACCUGCGUGCCGACGAGUGGUGCCAGUACCGCGAGGGCGUCGUGCUGGACCCGAACGUGUCCGACGAUGGCAGCAGCUGGGCCGGCUCCCGUAGUGGAAGCUCGUACUCCGGGUCGCCACCUGCCCCCAGCAAGCCCAGCCAAAUCAUUUCCUUGAAAAAGCAGAAGAAAUUCAAGAAGGGGAGUCCACCCCUGGCGGCUCUCAUCAGGUACGGCAGCAGUCCACCGGUAACGCUGGACCUCAAUGCCGGCCUCGGUGCUGCGCCUGGUCCGUACACGGUUGUGGACGCCGGUCUCCCUCAACCUGUGCAGCUAGACUUGAACAAGCCUAUCCCUCCCCACACGCGCGUUACGCUCAAGCUUGCUUCCGCCGAGGAUCCGGGCUACUACUAUGGCCUGGAGGCCCGGCCCGUCGACCCGGCGCAGCCGCGCGAGGAGGCCGGGUACUACUGGGGCUACCAGACACGCCAGGCCAGCAGCCUGUCGGCCGUGUUCACCGAGUGCCCGUUCGACGGCGGCUACGACUUGUCAAUCGGCACGAGCGAGCGCGGCAUGCCCGUUUCGGACAUCCUGGCUCGCGGUGGAGUGCCCAAGGAAGACGUGGGCGGCGGCGGCGGAUCUGACGGCGGGCGAGGAUUCGCUUUGCCGCGGGGGUUCGAGCACAUGAUGCUCGUGUUCGGCGGCGUCUCCGGACUGGAGGUGGCGGCCAUGGCGGACGAGCAUCUCGUGGCCAAGGGCGUUACGGGAAAGAACGUCGGCGACAUGUUCGAUGCGUGGGUGAACCUAGUGCCGAACCAGGGCAGCCGCACGAUCCGCUGCGAGGAGGCCGUCUGGCUGGGCCUGAUGGGCUUUGGCGAGUACGUCAGGCGCAAUGGCGAAAGGUAA